AUGAAUGACUUUUCGAAAUUCGAUGAUACAUUCAAAAAUGUUAGCAAAUCAAAGCCUCAAACACCGAAAUCAAGAAAGCCAAAGUCUCAUACAUCUUCAAAUGGAAAGUCCAAUGGACGUAAACAUCAAGAUAAAAUUAUUUCUGAUGAACUGAUUCUGGAAAUAAGAAAUAACUUCAAAAGAAAAAUUUCAAACGAAUCGACAUCUUCGGAAGUGCCUGAAAUUCCAAGAAAGAGACAAUUUUCAUCGAGAGAUUCUCCCAUCAUUCCAUUAACAACAUCAACUCAAUAUGAAAACAAAUCUGGCCUUGGCCUUGAGUCACAAGAUAAAAAGGAAAUUCUUCCCCAUCUAUCUUGUAAUUUUGAGGAUUUCAAAAAUGCUUCAAGAAUGCUUUUUGAAGAUGACGAACAGUCACAAAUUGUUGAAAAACUUCACAAAGAAAUUUAUUCGCCUGACAUUGAAGAUUUUUCAGAAGGAGAUGAAAUUUUCAACAUGUCACAAGAAGGACAACUUUUGAUUUCAAUUAACAAUGAUAUUGUCGACGUGUAUCAGCAGAAACCAAAAUACCGGCCAAUGAAUAAAAUUCCAAAACCAGGAGGAUUAUUGGAAAAACUUCGAAAUUUAAAAAGUAAAAGACUCGCAAGAGCAAGCGAAUUUGCUAAAACAAAUGAAGGAAGUCACAAGAAAAGAAAGAUUGAAAUUAUCGAACAUUGCAUUUUUCGAAGACGAAUACUAAUAAAGUUUAAUUUUGUUGAUUUUCUUGAAUCCCCACAAGAUGAAAGUGAAAUUCAUCGGUUCAUGGCUGUUCCACUAGAAUUCAAAAAAUUUAUUACCAAACAUUCUUUUUACGUCGUUGUGUUUGACAUCAAAGAAAUUGAGUUCCUAGAAAAUAAUUUCAUGUAUUUUUGUAAAUUGUUCAGAGCUGAAAAAAUGUAUGGAAAUGUUUCUUAA